UUUCCUGCGCCGGAGCAGCCAAUGAGGGGUCUACUCUUAUAUUAUAUGUCUACAAAAAGAGAAGAAACCCGCACGGGCUAAGCUAGAUAGCUGCUGCGUUGUUCCAUCUCUGAUAAUAUUUCAGCAACCAUGUCUUCAGUUCAGCAUCUCAGAGAGUUUAUCAGAGAGCGACUAACUGCUGCUGCUCAAGAAAUCUUCACAGAGGUUGAAAAAACCAUCAUUUGCUACGAGGAAGAGCUCGAUGCUCAGCGCAGAAUGAUGGGGAUYRACUGGAAWCCAGAAAUUAAGCUACACAGAGUCGGUUCGGAGCUGCAGAGACAAAGUUCUGACCUYCAACAGCYAAGUGUCUCAAAUGAGGAGGAAGCUCCUGCCAUUCAACAAGUCUGGAGCCUGGCAAGUAGGUCCAGUCAGGACCAGAAAAAACAUCAGUGGACUGAAACGGAACAGAUGGAACCAGAACCAAAACUGAUUAAAAAAGAGGAGGAGGAACCAGAACCUACACUGUUUAAACAUGAGRRAAUAGAAUAUCCACUAAYRUAUGUAAGAAAAGARGARCUWGAUUYUUUKGUGCUUCAACAUGAACAGCAGCCACCAGAACAUUUACCAACUGGACAGGAUCAGAGGGACCUCUGCAGCAGUCAGGAGGGAGAGCAGCUUGUCCAGAAGCAGUUUGUUGCUUUGACUUCUACUCUUCAGGAAGAUGAUGUGAAUGAAGAAGAGACAAGAACAGAGCAGCUUUCCCUUCAUGUCUCUCCAGUGGUUGAGAGCAAAGAUCAGGAAGGAAGCAGCUGCUCUGUGUCAGAGAGUCAGUCUGAUACUCGCACAAAGAAAAGAUCUUUAAGAUGUGGCAUUUGUGGGAGACGUUACACACAACACUAUAACUUGAAAAAACAUUACAGAACCCACACUGAUGAGAAACCUUUUUCAUGUGAAACAUGCGGAAAAAGUUUCUCUAUAAUGAGAAAUUUAAAUCGUCACAAGAUAACCCAUACAGGUGAGAGGCCUUUUUCAUGUCAAAUAUGUGGAAAUAGUUUCUUUCAAAAUAGUCAUUUAAAAGUCCACAACAGAAUUCAUACAGGUGAGAAACCUUUUUCAUGCCAGAUAUGUGGAAAGAGUUUCUCUCGAAUUUUUGAUUUAAAGGAGCACAAGAGAACUCAUACACGUGAGAGACCUUUUUCUUGCCAGUUAUGCGGAAAGCUUUUCUCUCGAAUUAGGUAUUUAAAACGUCACAUGACCAUUCACACAGGUGAGAAGCCUUUUUCAUGCCAGUCUUGUGAGAAAAGCUUCAAUCGAAGGGAUAAUUUGAUCAUUCACAUGAAAACCCAUAAAGGUCAGGGGCCACUUUGAAGCCAAACCUCCAUCCCUGCCUCCCUCUCCAGCCUUUCCACUGGUUUGGAAGUUCAUAUAUUGAAGCUACUUGACAUGCUACUGGCUGACUUUUGCAAAGUAGCCAAUCAGGACGCUUUCAGCAUCCUCAGAUUUCCAUGAUGGGCAUCCGCAAUACAAAUAUUUGUCAUGAGUAACAUACAAACUUUUCAUGCUUUGUUUAAGAAUUUCAUGUAUAAAUUUAUGUGUCACUUGGAUGUAUCAAACACCUUAAUGAAAGCUCUGACAGACAUAUAGUGAUAUUAGAUAUAGAUAUUUAAACUAUUUGAAUAAUUGUUUAUUUGCUUUGUGAUGUUUUUUUUAACUUAAUUUGUGUAUUUUUAUUUUUUAAAAUAUCACUGACUACUUUUUGUCUUGAAAUAAAGAUUUAUGAAUAAUA